AUGCUGGGACCAUAUAGCGAAGAGUUGAUGAUAGGCCUGGCCGUUGGCUCCAACAUUCUACCUACAAUAUUUUUCGGGUUAAGACUAUGGGCAAGAAGGUUGAAGCGCAAGCAUGUAUCUGCAUAUGACUGGUUAUGCUUCGGGGGGCUGCUCGUUGGAUAUACUUGUUGCGCUUUACAGCUCUAUGGUAAGCAUCAAGCCCUAGGGCCUGAUAGCCAACCUAUGUUGGAUGAUCCAGGGUUCCUGGUCUACGAAAGGACUAAGCUCGCCGUCAAUGUCCUCAGUCCCAUCGGCUUCGGGCUUGUGAAAUCAUCGAUCCUCGUCUUCUACGAUGGAAUCUUUCAUAAUAUUCGCCUUUUCCGAUGGGCCGUCUAUGUCAUGCUUGGACUGCUCGGCGUAUGGUCCAUUUCCUUCUUCUUCGCUAAUCUAUUCAUCUGUUAUCCUGUCACACCGUUGAUAGAACCAUAUUAUAACAAUAAAUGCGUUGAUGAAGCCGCCGUGUUUCUUUCCACCCUCGUCACUGAUCUGAUAUUUGAUAUUCUCAUCCUAGCUAUGCCAAUUCCUAUUGUCUUACGGUUACAUCUGCCUUGGAGGGAUAGGCUCGGAGUGCUUGGAAUGUUCCUGCUGGAACACCAGUCGCUAAUAAGUCCUUCUAGCGUUGUCGCCGUCAGCGUUGCUCGGCUUGUCCAGUCAUUGGAAGUGAAUUCGCUGUAUCUUAUCUUCACUGACGAUGACACAUAUUAUACAUCGCCUGUCUUCUUCUGGGCUAACAUUGAAUUGUCUAUUGCUGUAAUAUCAGCUUGUCUUCCAACAUUGAAACCAGUAUUAGUUUAUUUCUUCCCUCCCGCUCCAGCAAAGACGCAAACGACAUCAACCAAUUACGCCAAAUCCCCGAUCCGCAAUCUUCGCAUCAGGACCGGAUUAAGCCAUGACAGUGGUAUGCUACCUAACGGAACCGUGACAGUCAGUUAA